AUGAACACCAAAGGGCGCGCCACGCCACGCAUCGUCUGCUGCGCCAUCCCCAUCGCAAGGUCGGCGGGCAAGGUCCUUGUGGUCACCAGCAGAAAACGGCCAAAUAAUUGGGUCCUACCAAAAGGCGGGUGGGAGCCGUCGGAUGGUGUAUUGGAGGCUGCUGCGUUACGGGAAGCCUUGGAAGAAGCCGGGGCCCGUGGCGAAAUAACGCGCUUCGUCAAGACAAUAUACUCGCCGUCGGCGACCUAUCACUUCUACGAGUUGGAUGUGUCGACGCUUGACUCUGAUUGGCUGGAGGCCAGGGAACGGAGAAGAGAGUGGGUGGAUUACGCGGAGGCCAUCAAGCGCCUGGAAUGGAAGCAAGAGCUGUCGGAAGGCUUGAAGAUGUCGACGUUGGCCCCGCGCCGUUAG